GUAUGUGGAGGAGAUCCAGUUCUUGGUCACGAGAUGGAGCUCCAACCACCGAAUGAAAAGAGAAUAUGAGGCGAGAACCCAUUAAAUACUCUACCAAAAAGCUUCUUCUCACUUACCCAACCAAUCAUCAAAUAGGCUAGCUAGACUUAUCACAUGAAUAUCAUAAAUAUGAUCAUGUAAUUGUCUAAUAAGAAGGAGAAUAUAUAAGAAUGCAUGUCCAUGACCACCAUUUGUGUCCAAAAAAUAAUUAGCCAUUAAGAUGAAGCAUUUGAGAGACAUGACUUUGACAUUCACAGUCACAUGGAUCUUCUGGCUGUGCCAAAUAAGGGGCAGAUGCUUGUCUCAGGUGGUGCAGCCACGGGUUCCACCGGGGCAACAGGUUCCAUGCUUCUACAUAUUCGGUGACUCAUUGGUUGACAAUGGAAACAACAAUGGGAUCCUAACCCUUGCCAGGGCAAACUACAGGCCUUAUGGCAUUGACUUCCCAGGGGGUGCCACUGGACGCUUCACCAAUGGUCGCACUUAUGUUGAUGCCUUAGCUCAGCUUCUGGGCUUUCCAACAUAUAUUGCUCCAUACUCAAGAGCAAGGGGUUUGGAACUAUUAAGAGGAGCUAACUAUGCAUCUGGAGCAGCAGGCAUUAGAGAAGAAACAGGAAGUAACCUUGGGGCUCAUACAUCAUUGAAUGAGCAAGUGGCUAACUUUGGCAACACAGUGCAGCAGUUGAGAAGGUUCUUCAGAGGAGACAAUGAAUCACUUAAUAGCUACCUAAACAAAUGUCUAUUCUUUUCAGGGAUGGGAAGCAAUGAUUACCUUAAUAACUACUUCAUGUCAGAUUUUUAUUCAACUAGCUCAGAUUAUACUGUUAAAGCUUUUGCAUCUGUCCUUCUUCAAGAUUACUCUCGCAAGCUAUCUCAACUAUAUUCGCUAGGAGCGCGAAAAGUGAUGGUUACAGCAGUUGGCCAAAUUGGCUGCAUUCCAUAUCAACUAGCCCGUUUUCAUGGUAACAGCAGCAGAUGCAAUGAAAAAAUCAACAAUGCCAUCUCGUUAUUUAACUCAGGCCUUAAGACAAUGGUUCAGAACUUCAAUGGAGGGCAGCUUCCGGGAGCGAAGUUUGUGUAUCUGGAUUUUUAUCAAAGCAGUCAAGAUUUAUCUUCAAAUGGAACAUCAUAUGGGUUUGAUGUGAUAGACAAAGGGUGCUGUGGAGUUGGCAGGAACAAUGGGCAAAUUACUUGCCUUCCUCAGCAACAACCAUGUGAAAAUCGUCAGAAGUACUUGUUCUGGGAUGCUUUCCACCCCACUGAACUGGCCAAUAUUUUACUAGCAAAGGCAACAUACAGUUCACAAUCAUACACUUAUCCCAUUAAUAUUCAACAAUUGGCAAUGCUGUAAAAGUUUGGUUUAUGUUUGAUAUUGUCUGUUUGUGUGGUGGAUUGAUUAUAGUAUUUGUGAUAUUAUGUUGUAAGAAUGUGUUCUUGGUGCUUAAACCAUAUGAUUUCCUUUGUACACGAGUGAUGCCAUUGCGUAGGAAUAAUAUAAUAUAAUAAGGAUGCUUCAGUCUAACC